AUGGAGAAACAGAAAAUAGAAGCCGCGGCUCCAGUAGAAGAGCUAAGCAAUGAGAUUCAAGAACUACUGUUGAACCUUCCCACAGAGAAAAACUGGGAUGGAACUUCUCUCUAUCAAUACCAAGGAUGUUGGAAUCGAUCUCAAUACGUUUUUGCCACGAUCUCCUUUCAGAGACACUUCCAAGCAAAAGAGAGUGACAUAAUAUUAACCAGCUUUCCAAAAUCAGGCACCACUUGGCUCAAGGCCCUCGCUUUCACCAUUGUCAACCGUUCUCGUUAUCCUCUAGAAAAUAGCCCCUUGAUCACCACCCCUCCUCAUCAGCUUGUUCCUUUUUUGGAGGUUGAUCUUUACUUGAAAAAUCAGUCUCCGAAUCUUGAAGACUUUCCUAAUCCAAGGAUUUUGGCCACGCAUGUCCCGUAUGCUUCACUACCGAAUUCCAUUUUGAAUUCUGAUUGUCGCAUUGUUUAUGUGGCCAGAAAUCCUUUGGAUCAAUUCAUCUCCCAUUGGAAAUUCUUGUCUGGAUUUCAAGACCAAAACAUGAAUCUGGUUUCAGUUGAGGAAGCUUUUGAGAUGAUUUGCAAUGGAGUCCAAGGCUACGGCCCCAUUUGGGAACAUAUCUUGGGGUAUUGGAAGGCUAGUCAAGAGCAACCAGAAAAGGUACUCUUCUUGAAAUAUGAAGAUAUGAAAGAGGACAUCAAACUUAAUCUUAAGAAUUUGGCCAAUUUCUUAGGAUGUCCUUUCACUGAAGAUGAAGAGAGGCAAGGAGUGGUAGAAGAAAUAUCAAAGUUGUGUAGCUUUGAUAAUCUAAAAACUUUGGAGGUGAACAAGAAUGGUAAACACCCGACUGGAUUUAGAAAUGAUACCUUUUUUAGGAAUGGUACAGUGGGAGAUUGGAGAAAUUAUUUAACACCGUCAAUGGCCGAACGCAUGGAGAAAGUGCUUGAAGAAAAGUUCAGUGGCUCAGGUUUGUCCUUCAAGAAAGAAUCCUAGAAAGCUCAAAACCCUCGGUCAUUUCUCUUUAAUUUCAUCAAAUUUGAAUAAAUUGAUGUCAAAACUCAAGCGAGUUUGACUCAAAUUAGUUCCUUUGGUGUAGUCUUCUGGACUUGUUUUUUUCUGUGGAAAUUAU